AUGAAUUUUAAGGAUGAAAAAAUUCAAAGAAUUGCUGAAGGAGCUUUAGAUGUUUUGGAAUCAGUUGAAUGGCUGUAUCUGCAUUCUAACGAGCUGAAGGAGUUGCGCUUCAACACAUUUAGAAACAUUAUCGAUAAUCUUCAUGUUCUUGAUCUACAUGAUAACCCAUAUCAUUGUGACUGCGAUAUUCUGUGGUUCAGAGACUGGCUCCAUUUAAAAGGUCAGAACGUAGUCAAUCUUCCAAAGGAGACGAGGUGCAAUACAACCGUGCACGAUCAGAAGCCCAUCGUCAAACUGACCAAUAGCAGUUUCUCUUGUUCCGGCAAGUCGGAUAUCACGACCAAUAGCGUUACACUUCUUUCCCUGCUCCUAAUUUCAAUGUUAACCUUUAUUGUCUCUAUUAGAUAAUAAUUUUUUUUCAAAAAAGCAAACGAGUUUUCUUAUUUCAAAUGUUUUUUAUGAACACUUAAUACAGAUUGGGUAAGUUGUGUGACACGGAACGCAGAGGGGAGAGUUCCGAAUCGCUUCCGAAUAUAUCGAAUAAUUCAUACACUGUAAAAAUGUUUUAGGGUCACCAAACAAUGGUAGCAACUACUUUCGUUAGCCCCACAGAUAACUCUUGGUUCUUGGAAUCACCAGGAAUAUUCUAUUACACUACUUAGUGCAAAGUGGCUGCCACCACGUUUUGAUAUUCUUUAACACUAAAAUCUAUAGUUACAUUUAGAUAUAAUACACAUGAAUCAGCUAAUUUAUUUUAUCGAUACAAUUAUAAAAGAAAGAAUUAUAAAUUAUUUUAAUUAAUUUUAAUUUUUAAAUAAAAUUAAUUUCAUUAUCAAAUGUGUACAGAGCACAGAGAUAAUAUGAAUUCGAACGAUGCCGAACAAAACAGAAGCUAACACAAGUUAAAUAUUAUAAAUUCAUUUAAUACAAUUGAUAGAUUUAUGCAAAUCUUUUAAUGUGAACAUAACUUACGCAACUUAAAACAUGCAUGGCAAUUACUGUCUCUGGCCAAAUUAUUAAACGCACUAUAAGAUUCUAUGUAAAAUC